GCAUUUUCAUGUGAAAUCCGAGGUCUUGCACAAUGGCUGCUGCACGAGGAGUGAUGAAGGCCAGCGCCAACCCAGGCUUAGGCCUGGGCCUCGGGCCUGGUGUUCUCCGCCAGCGCCUUGCUCCUACCUUCGGGAUUCAUGAGAACAUUGCCGGAACUUCUACAUUUCAAAGGGGCUACUCUGUACCCAAGUUGUCUUCUUUUUCUGCAAAAUGGGGUGACAAUAAUUCCUACAGCAAGAGCGGUUCAUUAUUCGAUGGUGCCAAUUUGUCACCGUUGUCAGGACAGUCGAGAUCGAAAAGAGAGUUGCUCCUUCCCGUACCGACGCUCGUGGAUUCGAAGGUCAUAUUUUCUGCUGCACCAGCGUACGGGCAUAACAAGGAGGGUCACCCCGAAUGUAAGGCUAGAGUAUCAGCUAUAAUGAAAGCUCUCGAUCAAGCCGGACUUGCAGAUGAGAGUCGAGCUAAAGAGAUUCUCCGGCUAGAUGUGAAAAAUAUGGCUUCCGUAGAGGAAGUUGCCACCGUACACAAUAUGAGCUACGUGAAAGGUCUUCGCGAGAUUAUGGAUAAAGCUCGCGAGGAGAAGCUCAUAUUACUCGAUUCCACAGGUCCCACAUACGCCACUGAGAAUACUUAUAGGGAAGCGAUGAUGGGAGCAGGAGCUAGCCUGGCAGUUCUUGACCAUGUGGUUGCUGCUUCAAGAGAGACUUCCACUCCACCAGUUGGUUUCGCUUUGGUGCGACCUCCAGGUCACCAUGCUAUAGCAACUCGACCAAUGGGCUUCUGUGUAUUUGGCAACGUGGCUGUGGCAGCAAGGCAUGCGCAGCGAGUGCACGGGCUGCAGCGUGUGUUUAUCAUUGACUUUGACGUACAUCAUGGAAAUGGCACCAAUGAUAUCUUUUAUGAAGAUCCAAAUGUCUACUAUCUUUCUACUCAUCAGGUUGGUGGGUUUCCCGGAACCGGGAAAAUCGAUGAAGUUGGGGAGGGCAAGGGAGAGGGCACAACUCUUAAUCUUCCCCUACCGGGGGGCUCCGGGGAUGAAGCUAUGUCUGCGGUCUUCGAUGAAGUUAUUGUUCCUGCAGCGCAACGAUUUAAGCCUGAUAUUAUUCUUGUCUCUGCUGGGUAUGAUGCACAUUAUUUAGAUGAGCUGGCUGGUCUUCAGUUCACAACCGGAACCUAUUUUCGUCUUGCUUCACAUAUCAAGCAACUAGCGGGAGACCUUUGCGCAGGUCGGUGUUGCUUCUUCCUUGAGGGUGGUUAUGACUUGAAGGCACUUUCAAAUAGUGUUGUGGAGUCAUUCCGUGCUUUUGUCGGAGACAAAAGCAUGGCCCAUCGUCUUGACAACCCAGCAGUGCUGUAUGAUGAACCCAGUAUACUGGUAAGGCAAGUUAUUGACGAGGUUAGAUCAAUUCAUUCUUUAUGAUUCUUAUUGUGGUAAUGUGAUUUCUACGUUCAACGUAGUCUGACCAUUACUACGGUAAAUGGGUGAUACAGCUGGAACCUAGAAGCGCAACUUGAUAUGUCUGAUUUUGUAAAUUAAGGAAAUCUGAAAGCAAUUCCAGCGAUGCAG